AUGAGUCGUUACUAUGGAAACUUUUGGCACUUAAUCCUUUCACGAGCAAAAAAUGACUCAGCAAAAGCGGAAAGUGCCCGUUCGAGCGCCAAUAAGAACAAAAUCCCAACUUUUGAGGAAUUUCUAUUGAAACGAGAUUACAUCGGGGCAAAAACUGUUCUUCAAUUUUCAAAGGAUUACGACGAAGUUGAUUCGUUAAAAAAACGUCUCUGGUUAGCUUUUUGCAAUUUUCAUACUGGCGAUUAUAAAGCAGCUCUCGAAUUGUACGAAAAUAUCUUGAAAGAAGACGAGAAAAAUCAAACGUUGAAACUAAAUAUCGGAGUUUGCAUGUUUUAUUUGGGACGGUAUGAAGAAGCGCAACGUUACAUUCACGAAUUGUCCGAAAGUCCCUUGAAAAUUCGUCUUUUGUUCCAUUUGUCGCACAAAUUGGGCGACGAGGAACGUUUGAUGGAGUUGUAUGGAUCGUUAAGAGACGUGAUUGAGGAUCAACUUUGUCUCGCAGGAAUGCAUUACUUGACGGCGCAUUACCAGGAAGCGAUUGACAUUUAUAAACGAGUGUUGUUGGAUAACAAGGACAUGUUGGCGAUCAAUGUUUAUGUGUCGCUUUGUUAUUACAAACUCGAUUAUUAUGACAUGUCACAGGAAAUUUUGGAUUUGUAUCUUACGCAACAUCCGGAUAGCACGAUUGCGAUCAAUUUGAGGGCUUGUAACAAAUUUCGCUUGGAUAAUGGAAGGAUUGCGGAACAUGACAUCAAAGGAAUGAUCGACAACGGGACAUUUGGCGCUGAUUUGAUCAAACAUAAUUUGGUAGUUUUCCGUAAUGGAGCUGGAGCGUUACAAGUUUUACCGCAACUUGUCGAUAUUGUGCCCGAAGCCAGGCUUAACUUGGCAAUUCAUUAUUUGCAUCGGAACGACAUGCGAGAAGCUUAUGAAUUGUUAAAAGACAUUCAACCUACCGUGCCGCACGAAUAUGUCUUGAAAGGCGUCGUUUAUGCAGCACUUGGACAGGAAAUGGGCUCCAAAGACUACAUCAAACAAGCGCAACAGUGUCUGCAUUUGGUCGGAAGUAGUGCCUCGGAAUGCGACACGAUCCGCGGAAGAUUGAGUAUUGCCUCUGCUUUCUUCUUGUACGAACAAUUCGAGGAAGUUCUCGUUUAUCUCAACACAAUCAAGAGUUUUUUCUCGAACGAUGACACUUUUAACUUUAAUUACGCGCAAGCAAAGGCAGCCACGGGUUACUACAAAGAAGCUGAAGAACUUUUGUCGCAAAUCACGGAUAUUUCGAUCCGAACUGAUUCGACUUAUGCCGUGGUCUUAGCUAAAUGUCACAUUCAUGCGGGGCACGCAGCAGAUGCUUGGGAUAUUUUCUUGUCGCGAAAUACAGCUCCCGAUGCAUUUUCGUUGCUGCAAUUGAUUGCAAAUGAAUCUUAUCGUGCCGGAGAGUUUUGGAUCGCAGCAAAGGCCUUUGAUAUGUUGGAAAAACUGGAUCCGAAUCCAGAGUUUUGGGAAGGAAAGCGAGGCGCGUGCAUUGGAGCAUUGCAAGCGUUUAUUAUGGAACGUCAUGUUGGGGCACCGCCCGGAGGCGUCGGAGAAAUUAUCUCGUUGUUGAGAGAUUCGAACAGCUCACAAGCUGACACUAUUUUAAGAAUUAUAAGAAAAUAUGCGAGCACUUUGAAAUAAAAUAAAAAAGGAAAAAAUGAUUUUUUUUAGCAAAAAAUGUGGAACGCUUCACGAUUUUGCGUGUCAUCCUUGCGCAGGGGCCAUGCUAAUCUUCUCUGUAUCGUUCCAAUUUUAGUAUAUG